CUGUGUAGGGUAACUGGUCACGCCAAUGAACCUUUUGGGGGAAUCAAUGUCAUAUUGUGUGGUGACUUUGCACAAUUGCCACCGGCAAUGAACCGUCCCCCAUUAUACAGUGAUAGGGUGGGGACACAUUUAAAUAGAAGGAUGUCUCCUACUGAUCAAGAAUCAGCAAUAGGAAAAGCUAUAUGGUAUCAAUUCACAUCAGUAGUUAUACUCCGUGAAAAUAUGAGACAAAAAUCACAGACCAAAGAGAAUAACAAACUAAGGAAGGCAUUGGAAAAUAUGAGAUACAAAGCUUGCACUUUACAAGACAUAGAAUUUCUUUGCAGCAGAAUAGCAGGAAAAAGUGAGAACAAGCCUAAACUAUCUGAUCCAAAAUUUAGACAUGUAUCAGUCAUCACAGCAAGAAAUAUUUAUCGUGACAGAUUAAACCAGUUAGGAUGUGUCCAAUUUGCUUCAGACACAAACCAACAGCUAAUUGACUUUUACUCCACAGAUAAAUGGAAAACAGACAUUAAAAUGAAUAGAAAGAAGAAUAAAAGUAAGCAUAAAUAUCAUUCCAAUGCAAUAGACGAACUUACCCAAAAUAUUUUAUGGAAUCUUCCUCAUGAUGCCAGUGACCAUGUUCCGGGCAAGUUAUUCCUUUGCAAAGGCAUGCCAGUCUUAGUUUAA